AUGAAUCGUUCAACUCUUAUCAUCGGGCUUCUCAUCUUGGGGAUCGUCUCUGUGCGCUCUUCGUUGGACAUCGAUCGUGAAGGCUCGAGGCCCUUCACUUCUCGCCUGAUGGAGAAACAAGCCAAGGCGGAUAAGGCGGAGCGAUCCCUCCCACGCUCCCACCAUUCUCACCCGCUCUCGGAAAACUUUCGGUCCAGGUCGCGGGGACAUUCUGCUGAGGUCGUUGCUCAAGCUCAAGGACAUGAGUCGGUUCGAAGGCGGCAAAACGAACGUGCCCGGGGCCCCGGCAAGUCAAAGCGGCAGCCACAUACCAUGAGAGCGAAGCCUGUGGAUGAGCGAACAAGUAAACGUGCCUCCAGCCACUCCAAGUCGUACACGCUGCUUGACAACUCCGGGGCGCUCUUGGCUGGACAGGACGAGAUCGAGAGGCUGGGAGAUCAUCUUCCGAGUGUGCUCUACAACAACAGGAAGUUUGCAUCACUUGACGGCAGUUACUACGGUAUGAGCAAGAGCUACAGCAGCAACCAAUGCCAGACAGCUGCCAUGCGACUGCCCAAGGGAUGGAUCCUGGCGCCUGACGACUACUCCUCAAGUCAGGUCAUAGGGGCGUAUCAGUGGGGAACAGACUUCAUGGUGGUGGCCAGCGGCAGCUACUAUCCGACCAACUGCUGGUAUUGCGGUGCCUAUGGGAGCUCAGCGCUGAGGAGCACAGGCGGCUUGUACUGGCCGGCGAGCUGCAACAUGAGGAUCCUUAUCGUGUAUGUUGGCUGUCAGGACGGGUGGGGUCGAGAUUCUUGCCUGUCCAGCAUCCAGGGCUCAGCAGAGUCUCUUCCUGCCAGCCCGACCUUCUACGGCCCAGCAAAUUCUUCGAUUCUGCAGAACACGUCAGGAUUCUCCCAGAGUUUGAUCGGAUCAAACUUGACUUACAUCCUCUCGCCGUCUUCUGUCGACGACAACAGCUGGAAUGUCCCCGACCUGGGCUUUGCUUUCUGCGUGGAAGGCAACGAUGUGCAAUCAGGGGUGUUCAUCUCAUCCAACGCAUACCUCACGUUCGGCUCCCCGUACUCCGUCUAUAGCGGACUUACAACAAGCAACCCUCCUGUUCCCACCUUGUUCGUAGGGGGAGGCGAUGCGUCAGCCCAGCUGAUUGUUGGAGGACCAAUCAUAGAAAACGGCAUGCAAGCAUACGUGAUAAGGUUCGAGGGUACAUCGAGUACUUCGGGGCAACCGGGUCAGCCAAAUCUCAUCUUUGAGGUGACGUUUUUCGCCAACAACACGCUGCGGGUGGCAGUGGGCAUGCAGAACGUCUACUUCUCAACCAUGUACCUGCUGAGCGAUGGGAGGGGAUCGACCCUCGUGUCUUUGAACUUGCAUGCCAACUCCGCUGCCCUCAUCUCCUCCGGCAACAUGCUUUCUUCCCUUCUGCUUGACGCUCCUUGCAUUCCUUGCAACAACUCGAUCCCUCGCAACGCUCGUUACCUGCCGCUCGUUGCCACCCGAGCUGGCGCCUGCGAAUGGAUAUGCUCCCCUGGGUAUUACAAGGAUCAAGAUGCUUGCGUUCAGUGCAAGGCAAAGCCCAGCAACGCAUCCUACGUCGACGGCAUGUGCGGAUGGACUUGCGAUGUCGGCUUCUACAAGUCCUCUGGUCAGUGUCUGCCCUGCACCAGAACACCCAAGAACGCCGUCUACGUGACGGCUGGGGUGGAGGAAGACACGGACAGCUGCGGUUGGCAGAAGGUGGUGCAGGAGGGAGGGCAUGUGUUUGCCGCUCUCUCCGGUGUUGGCCCCAACACUCAAAGCUCGUCUGUUGACUGCGUUUCUGACAACCUCGAGUACCUCACCAUCCCUGAUGGGUGGGCCCUCGCUCCUGACACGGAGAACAGCAUCAACGUCACUGCCAAGUACGACUGGGGGGCCCUACGGCUCGUGUUGGCGGACGGCACCAGCUACUUCACUCACAGCGCCCUAACAUGGAACGACUACUACUACUACUACUACUACUACUACUACUACUACCCCGGCUCGUACUACGGCAGCUACUACCUGGACAUCAUGGACGGCAAGUACUAUCGGUCGACUGACUGCCAGGGUCGGCUGCUCCUCAUGUCGUCUGUGUGUGGGGCAGGAUACAUGCGGGAGCUCCCGGUAGGAGCGACGACCUCCAACAACUCCGAGUGCGUCCCUUGCACCAACUCGAUCCCAGCCGGAGCAGAGUACCUGCUGUCUCCUGACCCUCACGCCAUCCAGAGCUGCGGCUGGAGUUGCAAGACUGGUCACUACUUGGCGGGCUUCAUGUGCGCCCAGUGCACGGGUAAGCCGCUCGCAAGCGAGUAUGUCGGGGCUGGCGUGCAUGGGAAACCAGACAGCUGUCCUUGGAGUUGUGCGGCAGGUUAUCAGGAGGAUGUGGAAGAACGGAGCUGCAAACCCUGCGCGUCCUCACUCUUGCCUGUUCAUGCUCACUGGGAGGGGACCGACUGCGCGUGGGCGUGCGACUUCGGGUUCAGGAUGAUCAACAACAACUACUGCGAGGACGUGUCUGUCACCUUGAACGGUCAGCGCUACGCAAGCUUGGAAGGCAGGAGCCCUCACGACACGUCGGUGUGUCGGAGAGAGUCGUUCCGAAGUCUUCCCGACGGUUGGAUGAUUGCUCCCAACGACCAGGACAGCGUGACAGUAGCAGCUCGAUACCCUUGGGGCUCGAAUCAAGUUGUGCUUGCAGACGGGAGCGGGUGGUGGACGGCGUUUGGAGGUCAAUGCUGUUCGUCUCAGCUGCUGACAUAUCACGACAUGUACCUGUCGCAAGACAGCUGUGGAACUGUCUUGCUGGUACGAGAAGAGUGUCUCGUCGGUUAUUACCGAGCGUCCAACAUGUCACAGUGCGUCGCCUGCACCAGUUACAAGCCCGAGCACUCUCACUACUCCAGCAGCGGCUCUCCCGCCUUCAAGAACAACUGCAGGUGGCAGUGCGAUGGAGGUUUCUACCCCAACUCCGACUCUUCCUCUUGCCUCCCUUGCUCAGGCGCUCCCGACCAUUCGGUGUACAUGGAAAAGGAUGGGGUGAGCUGCGAAUGGUCGUGUCGAGCUGGGUUCACCUUGAGCGAGGGCUCCUGCAGACCCUGCAACGUGGUCUUACCCGAGUUCGCCUACUUCCUGACGGACGGGAGCGGAGCUCUGACGUGCUCGUGGGAGUGCCGCUUCGGUUUUCUCGAAAAGGACGGAAGAUGCGUCGGCAUCAACUAUGGUGGGCGAUACUACACAACAUUGAACGGUCGGGGGCCUGAAGAUCGAAUCAUGUGUAUGAACAAUCCUUUCCUCCCAAUCCCUGACGGCUGGACCAUCGCUCCUGAUACAACAGACAGCCAGCAAGUGACUUGGCUCUACUCGUGGGGAUCAUGCAGGCUGGUUUUCUCGGAUCACACGAGGUGGAAUACAGCGGAAUGUUCUUAUUCGUCAAGUCCUGAACAAUGUUGUACUGGCUCACUGGAGACAUACAACAACAUGUGGCGAACUACAGACUGUUCUGAGUCCAUCCUCCUGGUGUCGACUGAGUGUGCUGCUGGAUAUUUCAGGGAAAACUCCAACUGCGUCCCCUGCUCAAACACCCUCCCAGCAAACGCCAAGUACGCAGCAGUCUAUGACGACAAGGACAACCUCCUCUCGACCUGUGGUUACAGGUGCGAAGCUGGUUUCAUGAAGGCGGGAGGGAGCUGCGUUCCCUGUGCUGCUUCCCAGCUACCUGUCCACGGACAGUACGCAAUGAUGACAAGCAGAAACGAUCUGAGAUACGACUGUCUGUGGGAGUGCUCGGGAGGAUGGUACUACCAGGAGGGCAGAGGCUGCCAGCCGUGCGGGGACAAGCCGGCGAGGUCUCACUGGGUAGCGACGAGCAAGUCGGGCUGCGAGUGGGCGUGCGACUUCGGCUACUUCCUCAAGGAUCAGACGCGAUGCGAGGCGGUGGAGGUCAACGGCCGCUACUACGCUCCUCUCGACGGCUCCCCGCCUUACAAUCCUCUAUAUCCAUACCAAUCUCUCAACGAGUAUCCCUACUACUACUACUGGUACUGGUCUUGCAGCUAUGACAACAAGUUCCGCUCGGUCCCGGCAGGCUGGAGGAUCGCUCCCAACGUCCAAGACAGUCAGCUUGCGGUAUGGCUCUACCAGUGGGACUCCUGCACCAUGACGCUGGCGGAUGGCACGAGGUGGUACACGGCAUCAUGCGGGGGGAACACAUACCCGUACCAGUGCUGCAGCUCAUCGAUCGUCUCGUACGACGGCAUGUAUCGCUCGAUUGACUCGUGCGGCUCCAUCAUGCUUGUCUCGGAGUACUGCGCCGCGGGCUACUACCUUCUCAACAACUCCACGUGCUCCACAUGCUCCAACCCCCUCCCCCCUCACGCCGUGUACUCUGUCCAGCUUGACCCCAGCCGCUUCACAGACCCUGACUGUCCCUGGGAGUGCGUGCCAGGCUACAGGCGGCAGGGCGAGACCUGCGAGGCGUGCAAGGCGGCGCCGGCGCACGCGGAGUACGUGGAGUACGGGCAUGGGAGCAGCAACGGGUCGGCGGCGAUCUGCGGGUGGGAGUGCUCGGGAGGAUGGUACUACCAGGAGGGCAGAGGCUGCCAGCCGUGCGGGGACAAGCCGGCGAGGUCUCACUGGGUAGCGACGAGCAAGUCGGGCUGCGAGUGGGCGUGCGACUUCGGCUACUUCCUCAAGGAUCAGACGCGAUGCGAGGCGGUGGAGGUCAACGGCCGCUACUACGCUCCUCUCGACGGCUCUCCUCCUUACAAACAAAACCUGAUUCCUUAUUUGGAUCCGAUGUUCUAUUGGUGGUAUAUCAAUGGCUGUUACAACAACAAGUUUCGCUCGGUCCCGGCAGGCUGGAGGAUCGCUCCCAACGUCCAAGACAGUCAGCUUGCGGUAUGGCUCUACCAGUGGGACUCCUGCACCAUGACGCUGGCGGAUGGCACGAGGUGGUACACGGCAUCAUGCGGGGGGAACACAUACCCGUACCAGUGCUGCAGCUCAUCGAUCGUCUCGUACGACGGCAUGUAUCGCUCGACGGACUCGUGCGGCUCCAUCAUGCUUGUCUCGGAGUACUGCGCCGCGGGCUACUACCUCUCAGAGUCUUUCACUUCAACCUUCUUGGCUGAUGACAAUAUGACCCUGAACUCGUCAGGCUAUGAGAACAUCUCCUCAGAUCUGAGAAUGCAGGACCUUACAGAUCGAAACCUGAACGCUCAAAACGCAAGUUGUGUACGUUGCUCAAACCCCAUCCCCCCUCACGCCGUGUACUCUGUCCAGCUUGACCGCAGCCGCUUCACAGACCCUGACUGUCCCUGGGAGUGCGUGCCAGGCUACAGGCGGCAGGGCGAGACCUGCGAGGCGUGCAAGGCGGCGCCGGCGCACGCGGAGUACGUGGAGUACGGGCAUGGGAGCAGCAACGGGUCGGCGGCGAUCUGCGGGUGGGAGUGCUCGGGAGGAUGGUACUACCAGGAGGGCAGAGGCUGCCAGCCGUGCGGGGACAAGCCGGCGAGGUCUCACUGGGUAGCGACGAGCAAGUCGGGCUGCGAGUGGGCGUGCGACUUCGGCUACUUCCUCAAGGAUCAGACGCGAUGCGAGGCGGUGGAGGUCAACGGCCGCUACUACGCUCCUCUCGACGGCUCUCCUCCUGAACUGCCUCCUCCACCAAGUAAUCUGUACCCCUACUACUACUAUGGAUACUCUUGCAACUAUGACAACAAGUUUCGCUCGGUCCCGGCAGGCUGGAGGAUCGCUCCCAACGUCCAAGACAGUCAGCUCGCGGUAUGGCUCUACCAGUGGGACUCCUGCACCAUGACGCUGGCGGAUGGCACGAGGUGGUACACGGCAUCAUGCGGGGGGAACACAUACCCGUACCAGUGCUGCAGCUCAUCGAUCGUCUCGUACGACGGCAUGUAUCGCUCGACGGACUCGUGCGGCUCCAUCAUGCUUGUCUCGGAGUACUGCGCCGCGGGCUACUACCUUCUCAACAACUCCACGUGCUCCACAUGCUCCAACCCCCUCCCCCCUCACGCCGUGUACUCUGUCCAGCUUGACCCCAGCCGCUUCACAGACCCUGACUGUCCCUGGGAGUGCGUGCCAGGCUACAGGCGGCAGGGCGAGACCUGCGAGGCGUGCAAGGCGGCGCCGGCGCACGCGGAGUACGUGGAGUACGGGCAUGGGAGCAGCAACGGGUCGGCGGCGAUCUGCGGGUGGGAGUGCUCGGGAGGAUGGUACUACCAGGAGGGCAGAGGCUGCCAGCCGUGCGGGGACAAGCCGGCGAGGUCUCACUGGGUAGCGACGAGCAAGUCGGGCUGCGAGUGGGCGUGCGACUUCGGCUACUUCCUUCAGGUCAGGCUCAGGUCUGACGGCAAAGGUCAAAGUUUCUGCGAGCCUUUCGAAUACGGCAGACGCUUCUAUGCUUCACUUGAAGGCUCUCGCCCUGACGACCUACAAACUUGCUCUUUCCCAAGCUACCUCCGAGCUCUUCCUGACGGCUGGACCAUCGCUCCUAACACGGUUGACAGUCAGACAGUGAUCUCCUCUCAGCGCUGGGGCACGUGCUACAUGCAGGUAGGCGACGGGUCGUACUGGUACUCGAUGAACUGCUACUGCUGCAACAACCCCUACAUGCAGAGCAGCGGUUCACUGAUCGAGUACGAUGGGAUGUACCGGGCGAGAGACUCGUGCAGUGGUAUUCUACUUGUCUCUCUCUUCUGCUCCGCAGGGUUCUACCUCGAUGGAGCUUCCUGCAUCUCCUGCUCCAACCCCAUCCCUCCCAAUGCUCACUACUCCCUGGCCUCUGACGUCAAGGACUUCGGCAGCAGUCAGUGCCCUUGGGAGUGCGGCAUCGGGUACUACCGCAGCUCAAGCCUGUUGACCUGCUUGCCGUGUACCAACAGCCUCCCACCUCAAGCCUCGUUCAUCUCCAACGGCCUCGUCGAUCAGCCAGGCUCUUGCUCAUGGCGCUUGUGCUCGGGGGAUGGAGGAGGCGAAGGCUGCGGGGAAGCAGGGCCUAGAGUGGUGGCAUACAACGGCAAAUUUUACAGCACGCUAGACAACAUUGACCCCGAGGACUUGAAAGUUUCUUGCGAGCGCGACGGGUGGACCUAUCAGGUCUUCCCAGCAGGUUGGACCAUAGCGCCAGCCGAUCAGGAUGCUAUAAGAGUAGCAGCCUCGUACCCUUGGGGGGCUACGGGGAUGAUCCUUGGUACUGGCGUCGCAUACCCCACCGCUAUGAUCACCUCGGAUCCUGUCGCUCAAAAUUCUUCAGGAUUGAAGUACAGGCACUGGACCAACGGAUAUUCGGUCUACUCUGGUGUUGUGGCUAGCACUGGGAUAUCUAUCAACAUCUACGACUUGUGGACGACGGGCGACACCUUUGCGGUGGAGUACCAAGGCUUCUUCUACACCCAACAGUACUUGGGAAGCUUCACGUUCUAUACCACUAGUGACGACGAGAGCAAUCUUUGGAUCACCGUUGGCGGCAGUGAGAUCCUGGUGGUGAGCAACGGGGGAAUACAUUCAUCCCAGGAGAGGAGCGGCUCCAUCAACCUUGACGCCUACACCUACUACCCCAUCAGGAUACGAUUCAGCGAGAACUACGGUGAAAGCAGUUUGACGGUUCAGUUUUCACACGCGUCCAUCUCGAAGCGGUCAGACGGAGCAGGGUUCUACUUCUACAGGCAGGAUGGGUUCGUUGACUUCGGGGGCAGGCUUGCCACCCUCACAUCAGCAUGCAUGAACAACGUCACGUCGCUGAGGACCCUCCUAGUUAAAGUCAGCUGUGACUCGGGCUAUCAAGGAAGCGGGGAUAAGGCCUGUCUCCCAUGCUCUGCUGCUGUUCCUGCCAACGCUGUCCCCUCCUCCAGCUCAGCUGGGUGUUCCUGGGUUUGCGCCGCCGGCUUCUACAAGUCCUACGAUAGCUGCGUUGCCUGCAGCCCGCGGUUCAAGAAGCCAGACCUCGCUGUCUAUGUCUCCUUGCAGGAGGGAAAUCAGACCGAGUGUCAAUGGCGCUGCUCAACCGGUCACUACCGUGAAGGAGAAAACUGUGUGCCGUGUCGGGUCAGGCCCAACUUCGCCUACUACCUGGAGCAUGAGCGGGCUAGAGAGGAGUGCGCAUGGCGUUGUCAGCCGGGGUAUUACAAGUCAAGAAGCCGCUGUUACUCGUGCGAGGCACCCGACAGUUUGCUUGCUAGAAACGAUCUCGUUGCUGCAUCUGUUCUGUGCAACCUUACCUCCCCGUGCCUGGAUGACGUCAGCAGCAUGCAGUACCAGUGCGGCUGGAUGUCUACAGUCACGUCAGCUCAAGGAAACCAGUUCGCUGUCCUGACAGAAGACCACAUGGACCCUUGGGACGCCUACCAGGGCACUGCAGCAGUGGAUGCGAACAAAAGGUUGAGGUGCGGAAUGAUUCAGGUUCCAGCAGGGUGGGAGGUGGCCCCCAACGACUCGGAGAGCGUCCAGGUGAUCACAAGCUUCCCGUGGGGCCUGGACUACCUUGUCGUCUCCGACAGCUCUGUGUACGCUACUUCCAACGUCCCUUCCUCAGUAGGCCAAGUUGUUCGUCAUGCUGGCCUUGUCAAGUCAAUCCGCACAGAUGCCGAGCUGUAUGCUCUAGCGCUAGGAGAGAGCUGCACGACUACCCGAGUCCUCCUCAAGCGCCUCACGUGCGCCCCCAACCACUUCAUCUCCGGCUCCUCUUGCCAGCGCUGCUCCGUCCCUGUGUGCCCCAAGGGCGAGCACGCAUCGCCAUGCGGGGAGUUCCAGGACAGCAUCUGCAGUCCCGCAAUCACCCCAUGCGCGGGCAAGUGCCGGUGUCAGCUGUUCGAUGUCGCCAACGGCUUGUUAACGGACGGGUCAACGCCGUCAGGCGUGUAUGAAGAUGAGAGCGACUGCCGGUGGAUCAUCCGGCCAGCCAACGCCAGCAGCAUCUCCAUCAACUUCACCUCCUUCCACCUCGAGGACGGUUACGACUUCGUUACCAUCAACCAGUGCGUCUUCGUUGCCAGCUCGUCGCUCGAGUGCAUCGGCAAGGUCGAGCUAGCGAGGCUGACGGGGCUUCAACCUUCCGGGGCCCUGACCUUCACCUCCUCCUACCCCGCCCUUGAGAUCGUCUUUCAGUCAGACUCCAGCGUUGUGUACCAAGGGUUCGCCAUGUCGUGGCGCGCCAACAUCACGCGCGGGUCGCUGGCGGGGUACUGGUUCGUCAAGGCGGAGUACAGCUCCUGCCAGCUGCGGCAGUCGUGGAGAGAGAUCAUCCAGUCGCUAGCAGUCAGGAACACAACCUUCAGGACCGGCGGGCUGGGCAGGUACCUGGUCCCGAACAAGAUGGAGGUCUGGAUCUGCAGCUUCACGGACGAGUGCUCGAGGCCAGGGGACGCCUUCUGCUACAUCUACGACGAGGAGAGGCGAUACUUCAUACCCUGGGCGUUGGAAUCCGAGGUAGAGCUGUAA